AUUUGUUCGGCCUUUUUGCCCAACCCUUGUCCUCGUGACGCCUUCCCGUUUCCCUUUUCCCGUUUCGAGCUCACCUCUCUGUGUCUCUCUGUACUUCGCCAAGAGCUCUGUCAUGUGAUCCCACGGUACAGUUGCCUCAUGAAGUGCCGAUCCGUAGCCUGCGUCUGGUCUGCCUCACCUUUUCCUCAUCGAGUCACCGCAACCGCCGUCCUCAGCCGCCCUCCAACUCUCUACACCGGCGGAUCCGAUGGCUCCAUCAUCUGGUGGACUCUCUCCGGCGACCCCUCCCACAUGGAAAUUAAACCAAUGGCAAUGUUGUGUGGCCAUGCGGCGCCAAUAGCCGAUCUUGGUAAUUGUUAUCCCGUUGUUGUCUCCGGAGAUGUUGUAGAAAAUUCGAGUAACGUAGAAGUGAACUCUACCUUAGUCGACUCUGGUGCGCUGAUAAGUGCAUGUACUGAUGGUGUGUUGUGUGUAUGGAGCAGAGGCAGUGGGCAUUGUCGGCGGAGAAGGAAAUUGCCUCCUUGGGUGGGCAGUCCCUCUGUUGUUCGUACAUUGCCAUCGAAGCCAAGAUAUUUAUGUAUUGCGUGCUGUUUCGUUGAUUCAGUCCAUUCGCCUGAGCACCAUUCUGCUGAUCCUGCUGAAGGGUUUGAGGCUGAAGAGUAUCAGCAUAGAAAACCUCCCAAGUGCACUUUAAUUAUUGUUGACUCAUACACACUUUCCAUUGUGCAAACUGUUUUUAAUGGGAAUUUGUCAAUUGGGCCAUUGAAGUUCAUGUCUGUAGUUUCUUCUGUUGAGGAUAGGGAGAAGCAGUCUGCAAUCAUGGCCGAUUCCUUUGGAAAGGUCCAACUGGUUCCGAUUCUAAAGGACUUCAACAUGGAUGGGGAAGGUGGGACUAGCUUGCAUAAAAGUUCUUCUCUUCCGGAGACGAGCAUUUGGGCAGAUGGGUUGAGGGGGCGUGGAAAAAUUGCAUCAAUUGCAAGCUGUGAGCAAAUUUUUGCUCUUGUAUAUAAAACUUGCUGUGAAUUUAGGCUAGUGGACAGUGGUACAAUAAUUGGCGAGAUUUCUUUUACUGAUAGUUGCCUUUUUUGUGAAGAAGGCUCUAUUCAAUCGCAUGUUGUGGGGGGCAUGUUUCUUGAAAGUGGUGAUGCCGCGUCCAGUACCCAGGAUGCUAAACGGUUUGCCGUGUGGAAUAACAGAGGUUCUGUGGUUGUGUAUAUACUAUCCUAUUUGAAUGAUAUUUUUAAGUUUGAGCCUUUAUUCGGAAUCCCAGCUGUGUCUUGGCCCCUUGAUGUCGAAUUAUCAAUUUUUUUGGUUAACUUGAACUCCUUGCUUCUUCGUAUUGUAUCAAUUUGCUUCCACAUUGAAGAACCAUUUUUGUGGAGUCCUCAUGUCACAAUCUGGUCGCUAUGCCCGCAAGUUGAUGACAAUAGAAAAUUGUGGCGACAGUGCAAAAUGCUUGGAGAAGGUGGUUUUUUUGUUGACAGGGCUGUGACAUCUACUUCUCUUUCCAAAAUUGAGGGUCCCAUGCAUAAUGUAGGCAUGGAAACAACUAGCGGAGAUAUCAAUUUGGUUUCUGGACAAAGUUUUGUUCCAAGUUCAAAAAAUGUAAAUAAUAUAUGGGAAGAUAAUGAAAAUUCUGGUUUAAUGCAAAAGGGGAGGAUUGUGUCUUCAUCGAUGGUUAUUUCUGAGUAUAUCCAUACACCUUAUGCCAUUGUAUAUGGAUUUUACAGUGGGGAAAUAGAACUGGUACGAUUUGAUCAGUUUUUUCCUAGAUUAGAUUCUUCCAGUGGAAGUCCACGUCUUGAAAUUGAUUCGAAUGAAUCCAUACAGUGUUUUUCUGGACAUGUAGGUGCUGUACUAUGUUUGGCAGCACAUCAGAUGGUGGGCAUGUCCAAAGGAUGGAGUUUCAAUAAGGUGUUAAUUUCAGGAAGCCUGGACUGCACGAUUCGUAUAUGGGAUCUUGAUACUAGCAACCUCAUUUUAGUAAUGCAUCAACAUGUUGCUCCAGUACGCCAAAUAAUCCUUCCUUCACCUCCAACAGAACGACCUUGGAAUGAUUGCUUUCUCUCUGUUGGAGAGGAUUCAUGUGUUGCUCUUGCUUCUCUCGAGACUUUGCGGGUGGAAAGAAUGUUUCCUGGACACCCUAACUAUCCUGCAAAAGUUGUGUGGGAUGGUGCAAGAGGCUAUAUAGCUUGUCUCUGCCUGAAUUAUUCAGGAAACUCUGAUGCUAUUGAUGUGCUAUACAUUUGGGACUUGAAAACAGGUGCUCGAGAGCGGAUUCUUCGCGGCCCAGCUUCUCAUUCAAUGUUUGAUCAUUUCUGUAGAAGCAUUACCAUAAAUUCCAUAAGUGGCAGUGUAUUAAGUGGAAAUACUUCAGUUUCUUCAUUACAUCUUCCAAUAAUUGAAGAUACAAGUUCAAAGAACACUGAAAAGCUGGUUACUUCGUUAAAUAUGGUCCCAAGCAUAACAAAUAUUACUGAGGCCAAUGCGUCCCAAGCACAUGCUAGUAAAGGAAACUCCUCAAAACCACUUGCAAGCAAACUGUCAAUCCUGCAAGGCAACAAUCAUCCUAUAAAAUGUUCUUGUCCUUUCCCUGGAAUUGCUACUCUGAGUUUUGACCUUGCAUCAGUGAUGUCUUUUUUUCAGAAGCAUGAGUCCAUGGGAACUAGUGGUUACAAACAAGAGAAUACUCAUGUGAAGGAGCAAAGCACUGGGACCUCGAGUCCCCACCAUAUGGCUAUUGAUGAUGUUUCAGAUUUACAGGGGACCUUGGCUAGUGCAAUAGAAGAGCAUGACUGGGUGAGAUCUCUUGAAGGAUGCUUACUUCGAUUUAGUUUAUCCUUCUUGCACUUGUGGAAUGUGGAUUUUGAGCUUGAUAAGUUGCUCAUUACUGAAAUGAAGUUAAAGAGGCCAGAUAAAUUUAUUGUAGCUUCAGGUUUGCGAGGGGACAGUGGGUCUUUGACAGUGACAUUUCCUGGUUUGGCUGCUACCCUUGAGCUUUGGAGAUCAUCAUCAGAGUUCUGUGCCAUGAGGUCACUAACAAUGGUAUCCCUUGCUCAGCGCAUGAUUAGUUUGUCACAAACUAGUUCAGCAGCAAGCAGUGCUUUAGCAGCAUUCUACACUCGUAAUUUCGCUGAGAAAAUUCCAGAUAUAAAGCCACCUUUACUCCAGCUUUUGGUGAGUUUUUGGCAAGAUAAAAGUGAACAUGUACGUAUGGCUGCACGCUCUUUAUUCCAUUGUGCUGCUUCACGGGCCAUCCCACUUCCCCUGUGCAGUCAAAAAGCAUUUGACCAUGCAAAAUUUGUGAGCUUUAGACAUGGAAUGGAAGAAAAUGAAAACAGAAGUAACAAAGAGGAAACAUCCACAGCCAUGAUCGAUUCUGACAGAAUUCCAGAAUCACGAAUAUCUCAGCUUGAGGAAUCUAAAAUACUUGCAUGGCUAGAAUCAUAUGAAGUACAAGACUGGAUUUCAUGUGUUGGGGGGACAAGCCAAGAUGCAAUGACAUCUCAUAUCAUUGUUGCUGCGGCAUUGGCAAUCUGGUACCCUAGCCUUGUGAAACCAGGUCUUUCCAUAUUGGCUGUUCAUCCAUUAGUCAAGUUGGUUAUGGCCAUGACUGAGAAAUACAGUUCAACUGCAGCAGAACUUCUGGCAGAAGGCUUGGAGAGUACAUGGAAGGCAGGCAUUGGUCUUGAAAUACCUCGUUUGAUUGGUGAUAUAUUCUUCCAAAUAGAGUGUGUGAGUGGUGCAUCUAACAACCUAGCUUCUCAAAAAUCAGCUGCAUCUGACACAAUUCGGGAGACUUUGAUUGGGAUUCUUCUUCCAAGUUUGGGAAUGGCUGAUAUACCAGGUUUUCUAAGUGUAAUAGAAAGCCAAAUUUGGUCGACCGCGUCUGAUUCACCUGUUCAUUUAGUAUCGCUUAUGACUCUUAUCAGGGUUGUGCGUGGUUCUCCAAAAAGCUUGGCUCAGUACCUUGAUAAGGUGGUAAACUUCAUUUUACAAACUAUGGACCCAGGCAACUCUGUCAUGCGUAGAACUUGCCUUCAAAGUGCAAUGGCAGUGCUCAAGGAAGUAGUACGUGUAUUCCCUAUGGUGGCUUUGAAUGAUACUUCAACCCGUUUGGCUGUGGGAGAUGCUAUUGGGGAGAAUAAAAAUGCUAGUAUUCGAGUUUAUGACAUGCAAAGUGUAACAAAAAUAAAGGUUUUGGAUGCUAGUGGACCCCCCGGGCUUCCAAGUUUGAUUGCAGGUGCUUCGGAAGCCGCGACAACCACUGCAAUUUCUUCUCUCAGCUUUUCACCAGAUGGAGAGGGACUAGUUGCCUUUUCUGAGCAGGGAUUGAUGAUUAGAUGGUGGUCGUUGGGAUCUGUGUGGUGGGAGAAACUCAGUCGUAAUCUUGUUCCUGUCCAAUGCACCAAACUGAUUUUUGUUCCACCCUGGGAGGGGUUUUCGCCUAAUUCUUCUCGAUCAAGCAUAAUGGCAAGCGUGAUGGGCCAUGAUAGACAGGCUCAUUCUCAGAACACAAGGGAUUCAACCGAUGAAGAUAGUUUGAAACUCGUGAUUCUUAAUCUUGACCUCUCUUAUCGGUUAGAGUGGCUUGGUGAUCGGAAAGUGCUACUUACAUGGCAUGGUCAUGAGUUGGGCACUUUUCAGUUGUAACCAUACAUUUGUGCAGAUCCUGAUCUGGGCCAGCAAUCUCAAUCAGCUGGGACAAAAGAUUAAAUAGAUACAAUCAUUCCCUUACAAUGAGGCUUAGGUUGCCAUUCCCAGCUUCCAUAUGUUUCCCCUCUUUUGGUUUUGUACUUAUUAUUAUUAUUAUUAUUAUUUUUGGCAUUUUUUAUGUAUUGUUUUGAAGAGAAAGUUGAGAAAGGAAAAUGAAAGAAAAGGAAAAAGGAAAGGGGAUGGGAAGGGGACCUGCUUGUUUACUAAUGAUGGGUCAGAUCAAUGUGCAAACUGCGGGAAAUUAUAUUUUCAUAGUGAGAAUGCAAGGAAGAAAAUUAGUGAUUUUUUUUUUUUUUUUCGAAA